GCCAAGGGUGCCACCUGCGCCAGGAGGGUCCUGCUCUUGCCAGCAGCCCUGCAGUGCAGAGGAUGGUGCUGCCAGAGCCUCAGCAAGAGGUGCCCUUGUCAUCAAUGCCUCACAAUCUUACCAGCGCCUGCCCUGGACUCACAUUCCUCCUGAUGGGCUUCCCUGGCCUGGAAUCCGCCUCCCGUUGGCUGGCUUUCCCCAUUUGCACCACGUACCUCUUGUCGGCUCUGGGGAACGGGACCGUCCUCUUGGUCAUCCUCACUGAGAGGAGCCUCCAGUCCCCGAUGUACCUCUUCCUCGGCAUGCUGGCUGCUUGCGACUUGGGCUUGUCCACAGCACUCCUGCCCACAAUGCUCCGUGUCUUUCUGUUGGGCUCCAGAGAGGUCAGCAUGGCUGCCUGCCUCUCCCAGCUCUUCUUCAUCCACACCUUCUCCAUCAUGGAGUCCUCGGUGCUCCUGGCCAUGGCCUUUGACCGCUUCCUGGCCAUCUGCCACCCCUUGAGAUACGCCUCCAUCUUGACCAACGCCAAGGUGGCCCACAUUGGCUUGGCGAUUGCCAUCCGGGGGGUGGCCUUGCACGUGGCCAUCCCCUUCCUCCUGAAGCGGCUGACCUACUGCCACGCAAAUGCCCUCUCCCACUCCUACUGCCUGCAUCCGGACGUGAUGAAGCUGGCCUGCCACAAGUCCCGCGGGGAUGGCAUCUACGGACUCUUUGUGGUCUUCUCCACCAUGGGGCUGGACCCGGUGCUCAUUGUCCUGUCUUAUGUCUGGAUCCUGAAGACCAUCAUGGGCAUCACCUCCCUGGACGAACGCCUCCGAGCUCUCAACACCUGCGCCUGCCACAUCUCGGUGGUGCUGCUGUUCUACAGCCCCAUGCUGGCCCUAUCCCUGCUCAGCCGCCUGAGCGUCCAUGCCCCUCCCCUCCUGCAUGUCCUGCUCUCUUACCUCCACUUCCUGGCUCCCCCCGUGCUGAAUCCUGUGCUUUACUGUGUCAAAAUGAAGGAAGUACGGAAGAGGAUAUUCACAAAGCUCCUCAGGAUCCGAAGGGUUGGCUCAAAAGACUGA